ACCGUUUGAUUUAUGAGUGGUUUAAAAGUUAUCCAAAAAUGUUGAAACGGUGCUUUAUUGAAAAUUGUUAUGCUGGAAAAGACAAAGAAAAUGGCCCAGCUAUAUUCUUUAGAAUACCCAAACAUCGUCUAGAGGAAUGGAGAGGAAUACUUCCAAAAAUGGGACUUUUGGACUCGUCACGCCUGUGCAGGCGUCAUUUUGAUGAAGAAGACAUCAUUAAGGGCCUCAAAAGACAACAGAACAACAGUCGCCCAGCAUUGGAAGAUUUGACUCAGAAUGGUCCUGAAGGGAAGAAGAAGAAACAACAGUCGAGAUGCAAAAAAAUUACGUCACUUUUGGGGACACCUAUUUCCAGCCUUGUUCAAAAUCAGUUCACUACUCUUCCCCACACAGAUUGUACGAAGAGUUCACAACCUAUAACUGAAUCGCUUUGCACAAAUGCUCUCUCAGAUUCUGGUUUCAGCCAAGUGAAGACCUUUGACGUCUUGCUGAUGGAUUCUGCUCCUGUGCCUAUCACUACUACCCUCCCUGAUCCUGGGUCCAGCCAAGUGACGACCUUUGAUGACUCCCUUUUGGAUUCUGCUCUUGUGCCUAUCACUACUGCUCUCCCUGAUCCUGGGUCAAGCCAAGUGAUGUUUGAAGACGAUUUUCCGAUCGAUACUUCCCUUGGCCCUGAUGAUCUCAUAGGUAUUAUUACAUACUUGUCAUUCACUCAACAGUUAUAUUAUUUAAUUAUUUUUGUAUUCAGAUACUUGAUCUGGCCAAGAGCCGCUCGGUAUUGA